CUGAAAUUGGGAGUCAUGAACUAGGUGUUUAUACUCCAUGAAGUACUGUAAUAGUUCCACGCUUGUGGCAGAUUUUCCUAGGAUUUGGUGACAUAUUUCGGUUGGUUGUUCCUCGAUACGCAGUUUCGGGGUUUCUCGCCACAAGAGGAAGGGACGUUGGGGGGCUGGGCGGUCGAUAAGCUUUUUUUAGAUGCCUUGUGCCACUAACUCUAUUCGCGCCGGCUCUCUUUGAGGGCAUCUUCGACUAUGCAUGCAUAUCUCUCUUCAAAGAUUUGAGGAGAGUCUUCCGAACCCGGUGAACAGAAUACAAUUUUCCACAAACGCACGUCGCGCAGAUUGCUGCCGUUUCUCGCUUCGCAUGGACGUGUGUCUUCAGCGCAACAGCGCAUACCGAAUGCCAAGUCAAAAUACAGGAGUGUUCCAAAAUCCAGGAACGCCAUGCUCUGCAAAAGGAUGGAAAAACUCCAUUGAGAGCGAUACCAUAAGCUUUCGUGGUGCGUACUGUCUGACCCACUCAAGGUUGUUGUUUAAAACACGAGUGUCAUUGGGAAAAUCCCCGAUUUCCCCGAGUUUUGCGAAGCAGACGUUCGUUUUCUACGGUUCGAAGUGGCGUCUUGCUGCUGGGUUGGCAAUACAAUUUUCCGUGCGUUUCUGUUCGAAUGUACUCUCUUCUGGACUGAAGGGCAAACGAAGGGCAGGCUUCGUGCUUUCUAACGUGCUGGGCACCGCGUACGUCCGCCGAAGCAAAACAACGGCAUCGCCGCUACGGGGAACACGCGCGGAACCGAGCGACAAUCGCCUGCGGAGUGCUAGGCUUCGAGUUGUUAUUUUGCACCAUGACACCGAUUUUUUAAUGAGAUCACCCGAUAAACGAGUCCGUUCGCCGCUUUUGCGGAGCUUCAAGCGACAGCUGUCCCUCCGAAUGCCUUUCCCACUGCUGUUGUGCGUACGCGUCGCCAGCGCGAUAGUCUUCUGGUUUUCUUCACGCUUCCAUCGCUACUCGCUUGAAUAUGUUGACCCAUUUGUUCCUACAUGCGCAUGCAAUUUGAGGUGGUCACGUAUAUAAGUGCCGGGGUAGAUUCAUAUUUAUGCUGGCAUGUGUUGAAGACUUUGACGCAGAAAAUGUGGUGAAUGCUUGCCAGCGAUCCGUGGGAUAUGCUUCGCAAAAAAGUGGCGAGGAUGCUUGCACUGCACGGCUUCGGGGGACGGAGGUUCAUGACUCUUCAUGAAUCCAUGCCAGCGAUAUAAUAUGCUUUCCCUGGAUUUGCCCUCAAAAGCAUCGACCGGGAAUGAACCCAUCGUCACCUUUAGGGAACUAAGCAACUGAGAUGUUAUCUUCAAUACCCACAGUACUCGUACACUCAAUUCCACUUGUGUAUUGAUCCGCCCAUUUAUAGAUUUGUGCUGUCCAUACACAUAUCUAUCACUAUGUACGGGAGACGGCGUUGCGUGUGGCGAAAAAAAGCCUUGUAAUAGCUGUCCGGUAGAUUUAUGAGUUGUUGGGCAGCUUUUUUUGUCUACACUUUGGUCGGUCACCGACGCUUAAGUCCGCGAAUCCAUCGCCUGUAAACUCGCGCAAGUCGGUUAAUGGUUCACGAUGGCCUCGAGACAGCCCGCGGCCCCUGUGCGGUUCUUUAUCAGGUUGGACAGACCCACGUGUCAGGUGAAAAAGAUGAGUGCUUAGAAGAAAGCGUUAUGAACGUCGUGAUUUUGGACUCUUUCGUUUUCUAUCUUGUAUCCUUCCUCCUCCAAGGGGUACUAUGCGCCGGCUCUAAACGCCUCUCACUUCAGUGCCAGCUGUGUGUCCCGAAAAGAAACGGUGUCAUGUCUUUUGCUCCUUGUCAGCAGUGGGCUGCAUAGCUGAUUAUGAGUCAAGCCUUGAAGAGGGUAGCAGGCGACGACACCGGUAUUCAGAAAUAAGGCGUGUGGCGAAGUCUACCGCGCGGUGGAUGUCUGCGGAAACGGGAGGCCACAAAAUGCUCGGCAGGGGCUGCCUGUAGAAGAGCCUUCAGCCUCCUCAAAAAUGGUGUUCCCUGCGGCGAAGCUGUUUUCCGUCGCCAUCCGCCAGGUGUCAAAGCCGAUGGCCUCGUACAUGCAAAAAAAGGCGCAAAACAGCCCCCGGUUCAAGGCCAUAUGCGUUGGAAUAGCCAGUCGAUACAAUGCAGUUGAGCAGAUAAUCAUCAAUCGUUUCUACGGCCGCAGUAACAAAGCUGCGCCGGUCCGCAAACUCAAUGAAACAAAAGCAAUCGAACUCGGAGCCACUGUCUUCGGCGAGUUUGUCAUCUUCGGAGUCGCGGCGAUUGCUCUGGGUUUUGAAUAUCGACGGAGCCUUAUGAAAGAGGCGGCAAAGGAGCGAGAAUUGCUCGAACGACUUUACGUCCUGGAGGCGCAGAUUCUUCAACUCCAGGCGGAGAAUGAUCGUGUACUUCAAAGUCUCUUCCCGCACGAGCAGCAUGCGCGCGAGGAGGUUGAUGUCAACAUUGACCAAGGCCCCGGGUGGCUUUCAUGGCUUGCACAGCCCAUAACAGGUUUGUUCAGCACGGAAGGCAGCGUAAAAGACGGCGACGGCGACGCCAAGACCGGUGUUUCGGUUCAUGCCACUCAAGGUGUCGUUUCAGGUGUCUAUCCAUCCCGGCACAUCCCACCUCCACCAGGCCUCGAACGCGCCCCGAUACCGAAGCAGCCGAGCGAAGUUGGAUUUCUGUCGCUGCCCUCUCUCGCGUCAGAGGCACUGCCAACCUUUCCUCUUCCUAAAGCCUUCUCGGAUGCCGUGGCUAGUUUGUCCGGCAACUUGGACUCCCUCUCCCAUCUACGUGGAGCAGACCUCCCGCAUUUUAUGCGAGAGCAGCGACACUCUCCAGACGCUUCGGAACAAGGCGAAAAGACCGAUGGGCGGCUCUGUGAAGCGGCGCCCGUUGCUGAUGACACGGCUUGUGAGCGUGUGCCCAGAUUUGCGAAAAGUGACUCCGUGGCGGGCUCGUCCGCUUCAAAGCUUGGCGGGCUUUAUGUGCCGAAACUCUGGGGCCCGCGAGCACCGGAAGAUGAUCUCGAAAAGAACGGCGGAACUGGACAUCGUGGGUAAUGCUUCACUGUAGCGUAGUACUCUUGUAAAGCACGGCAUAUCGCAACAAACUCCGGUACUAUGUGUUGAACAAUAAUAUAACUCUAUCCGUUAAACGAAUAUCUCCA